AUGUCGAAAGAUGUUAAACAGCUGUCAGAUUUACCAGAAGUCGGUGACGACAUUGACGAGACGUCUGAAUACUAUAAGAGGAAUGUUGUGCCUGUCGACCGAGGUUGGGCUUGGGUCAUCUGUUUCGCCGGAUUCCUGGUUUAUUUCGUGUUUGGCGUCUCCAACCAGACGCUGGUGGUUCUGUUUGUGGAGAUCAUCAACAUGUACGACACCUCUGUCACCAUGGGCUCUCUGGUUUUCAUGUUCAGUGUGUUCUCUGUUGGAUUCAUGUCUAUCGUCUCGACCAAUUUUCUAGCACCGAGAUUUGGCGAGAGAGCUGUUGUCUCCGUUGCCGGAUUUUUCAAUAUGUGCGGUUCACUGGGUUUGUCUUUUUCUCCGUCAAUUGGCUAUUUCAUUUUGAUGUCGGUUCUCAAAGGAUUGGCCACUGGUGCAGUAUUUGUGCCCAGUAUCAGUCUCAUCCGGCUGUAUUUUCAGAACAGGCGUUCCAUAGCCCAGAUAAUUGCCAACGUUGGGCAGAGCGCUGCUGUCAUCAUAGUCCCACCUGCCAUAAGGAUCAUCAGAAAACAGUACGGUAUUAGCGGUACUUUCAUUGUUCUGGCCGGCAUUGAAUUCCAUAUGACUUUUGCUGGCCUUUUGUUGAGACCCAUAAGUGCCUACAG